AUGGCGGCCGUAUCCACCGGUGAGGAGGUGUCACUACCGGCCGGUGACGAGCUCGCCAAUACAACUCCUUGCGGGGCGAGCGACACUGAUGACCGCAAGCCGAAUAAUCCGCUCGAGCAGAGUCGAGUCAAUCGCAAGGGAGGCCUCAAUCAAGAGCUACGUGAAAGGAUCAAGCAGAAGUACCAGGCGAAGACUGUCAAUCUUCUCGUCCGCUACAACAAAUUGGGAUCUCAAUUCGCUGAUUUUUCCAACAAUGUUGCCUUCCUCAGCCGUUGUGCCAACAUGUCAAUGAUACCCAAACUCCAUCGCGUCUACAAUCACGAAGUGCGGAACACCCGGGUCGUGGUCCGCAUUCUUGAUCAAUGUAGCUACAAGAUCCUCAUGGCCGACCUCGAUCACAAUCGUCGGAGGAAGUACCAGGUCAGGAAAAAUCGAGAAAGCGUCGAGCAUCGCUUGAGAGAGAUCAUGUCUGAAGAGGAUUUCGAUGAAAUUCAAAAAAUCUGUGCGGAGAACGAGGAGCAGCACUUCAGUGAAGUCAAGGAGAAGCAGCGCAGAGAGUUUUCUGAGCUCGUGGAGGAGUACAAGAUCAACGAAACUGCGAGGUACAGCGAUCAUUAGAUUCCAUGUUCGGAAAUCAGCGAAUUCCAAUCAUAUCAUGUCGUCUCUAUGGCUGGUGACCGGCUGUUCCGUUCACUGGACUCGAAUUCGUAAACUGUCAGCGAGUAGCUGAUCGGAAUAGAUGUUUAUGUA